AUGGCCGCCCCACCUCUGAUCGCUCUCGACCCCGCACCUCCAGAUGCCGUCUCGCGCGCCUCGUUUUCCCACUCUGGCGAUUCCGUUCUCGUAUCCACUUGGGCUGGCACGCUCUCUGUGUACACGUCGUCAAACGGCUUGCUCAAAGCCGAAGCACCUAAGUCAUCCCGCCCCUUGCUGGACGCGACUUGGGCAGGCGCUACCGGUGAUGCCCUAGCCGCCGCUACAGUCGACGGACGCGUACUGCUCACCUCCCCGAAGGAGUCGGCCUUUGCGCCAUGGACGGAACUGGGAAGACACGAUGAUGCCGCGAGAUGCGUCGUGUCCUUCGGGGAUGUCCUCGCCACGGGCUCCUGGGACUCUUCUGUGAGACUGUGGGAUGGACGCACGGAAAAUGCAGAAGCUAUGAAGGUUGACGUCGAAGGAAAAGUAUAUGCUAUGUGUCGAUGCGGGGAGGACUCUGUGGCGGUGGCUACUUCGUCCCGACGUGUGCGUAUCGUGGAUAGGAGGAAGCCGGAGAAAUUUGUGCACGACAAAACACCUCCGACCCUCCAGUAUCAGCUUCGUGGUCUUAGCGCACGCGCGGAUGGAGGUCAGUACGUUGUCGGGAGUACAGGGGGUCGUGUGGCAGUAGAGUGGCUCGAUGGAAAGGAGGAGCCAUUUUCGUUUAAGUGUCAUCGAGCAGAUGGUCUUUCGUUUCCGGUGAACACUAUUGCGCAUAACGGUAAGUAUGGCUCUUUUGCGACGGGUGGCGGCGAUGGGCAUGUCUCAUUCUGGGAUGGAGCGGCCAAGAAAAGAAUUGCGCAAUAUCCGAGAUACCCCACUAGUGUCGCAAGUAUUGGUUUUGACGGGAAUUCAGACAGGAUGGUCAUUGCUGUAUCGUAUACAUUCGAGGAAGGGGAGAAGGAUCAUCCCCCAGAUGAAGUGCAUAUUGUCAAAGUUGAUGACGCGCACAUAGCGACAAAACAGGAUAAAGGAAAGGUCGAAGAAGUGACAAGGGUAACGCAGAACAAGCCCGCACUGACAGAAACAUAG